UCAUGCUCUGUUUGCAAGAUUACCAACCAUUUGUGUGCACGCCUUUCUUUUCAAGGUUUAUAUUACACACAUUGACUACCUAGAAAGAACCACCAAAAUACAAAUAGUGCCACAACCGAAGCAUUUUAGAACUUGCCCAUGCCUGGUCAGGUUGACCUGCUAUCCAGCAACAACUCAGCUGGUGGUGUUGCAUGUAAAAACUUAGCUGUCAGCGACCCAAAAUACUACCAAGGCUAGAUCUUCCAGAAGUGCUGCCAUGGCAGCCACAUCAGCAGCAGCGUCGACAAGAAGCGCUACCAUGGCAGCCAAGGCAGCAAGCCCACCAAGCCACUUGUACAUGGGCCGGACCUGAAGAUGUGCACCCUGCUGAACAGGGCCAAGUACAAAUACCAGCACGACGAGUAGCAGGAGAUUAUCCGGUCUUGGAUCUGGCGAUUCGGCACGAUGGCUCUAUCUUCUUCUACCUCCGGCUCCCUCCCCUGUUCGCCUUUCUUUUUCCUCAAGACCUGUAUCCGAACUGAAUUCCUCUGUAGUUAUGUGAGAUUAGUGAAUUGUGAGUUGGGAUCCUAACAUCGUGGUAUCAGAGCCUCCCUCCAGCCUUCCGAUUCAUCUCCAAUUCGUCCCCAAAUUCACACAAAUUUCUGCCCAAUUUUUUUUCUAGCACACAAUUCUAUCCACCACCAUGCAUCUGGAAGUAAAAGCUUACCUGGACAAGCUUUGUGCGGAGACGAAAGCACACUACGACGCCUGGGACAAGCAGUUUGAGCUGCGAGCGACCUUGCUCACUCCAGGAGCUCUGCCUCCGCCAUUGACGUGCUCGGCCGUCAUGGCCUCCGAUGGCGGUCUCUCCAUCGGCACCACCAUCCCUAUGGUUGUUCCUGACGCCUUCUCCGCCACCACCCAUGCCCGAGAGGUCCUUGCGGUCGCCCACGACGCAUCCCCAAUCUGUAUCGAGAUAGCGCCCUUCACCUGUAUGAUGGAGUGCUCGACCCAGAUCGACGUUGUCGCCAGUGUCGACGAGGUCCACGACACCGCCACCACCAUCCACUCUGAGCUCAGGGUCGAUCUCAUCCUUCGGGAGGUCGAGCAACCCACAACUGCGCAGGCGACACCCUCAAUCAGCACCGGUGCAUCCUCUACCGCCAAGGUCGUCCCUCCGGUGGCGACCACAACCGAUGUCGACCCUAGGGCCAGCGUGCAGGAACUAGAUGACUCACCAUUGCCCUACUUCAACACCUUUCCUCUAGCAGCGAGCGAGUUGGACUACAACAUCAUCCUCUUCGUCUCCAGCAACCUUACUGCACCUCCGCCAACCAAGUGCUCGGCAUAAUCCCUCGCCCAUAAGAGCGAUUGGGUGAUGCCUCUUCUCACUACCAACGAUGCCUUUCCCCGGUUGGUUUCCCCAGUGACCAGCGAGGCGGACCACUAUGACGUCAUCGACACCAUCGGCAUUGCUGCCCCGAGAAGCACCACCUAUUCGACAGGAAGCCUUGACCACGAUGAGCGCAUGCGUCCAUCCUACAUUGAGCAACAACAAUGGCUGCCCCCUAUUUGAGUGCAGAUUGCUGUGAACAACGCUGCCAUGUUCCAUGGCAUAACUCACGACUGCAUCUAUGGUGAUUCUGGAUAUGUGUGGAGGCCACAGGACCGCCAACCAAGGGCGUGGAAUAAAUUGGCAGAAUGGUUAUCUCCUACUCCGUAUGCUACUGUGGUUGUGCAUCCGUUUUUUGUGCGUGAAGAACCCGGGUGCUUCGAGCAUAGAACUAUUAAGCACAAAUGGUCUUCAGUUCAUGCAGUUCAAGUGCCAGAUCCAACGGAUCAGCCUCUCAUUUGCCUUCAAGAUGAACAAUUGCAGUCUUGGUAUUCUCCAGAUCGCGCAACACUCUUUUCUCGAGAAAACGCAAAGGACCUUUGCGUUUCUUUGCAUUGAAAAAGGUAGGAGUUCAGUUACAAGUGUCCGAGGAAGCGCGGAUUACAUCAAGAUCAGUGCACAUCCCAGGUUUGUGGUAACACUAUCCUAAGGCCAGUCGCCCCGGCUUGUGCCCAAGAGUGAGCGUCGUCCUUGAACCUAUCGACUAGCGUAUGAAGGGAGGGUCUUUCGUUGUCAAAGAAGCAGCUAUUUCUAUGCUUACAGAUCAUCCAAGGCACAAGCAGCGCGACGGAUUUCAGAGCCUUGUGAAGGAUCGGCGGCGUGUUCCCCUUGGCGUGCAGCCACCUGUCCAUAAGAGUAGGCUUCUGGUUGGGUGUUGGGGCCGAGAUGCGCAGCCAGGCCAGAACCUCGUGCCAGGCCUGUCGGGCGAGGGGGCAAAUCAUCCAGCAGGUGGCGAAGCGUUUCCGGUGCUUGAUCACAAAGUAAGCAGCGCGGGUGGUGUUGCAGGCUGUGGCGAGCCAGCAGUUCAACAGCGGUCCUGGUUGGCUAACCCGUGGAAGAACUUGACCCAUGGCCAUGGCACGCAACUCUUCCAAACUAGCUUCCAAGAGUAGCAGGUCAUCGAUCCGUGGAACGUUGCCGUAUAGCAUGACUGCGCCGAGUAGGUGCCAUUCGCGGACAACUUCCAUAUCAGCCUGUCAGGGGCGUCGGAGAGCUCGAUGCUCUGCAUGAUCUGCCAUAAUUGCAGGUACUGCCCGAUCUCGUUGAUGCAAGGGUGCCGUGGAUGUCACGAGCCCAGGUGUUGUGCUGUAGGGUGGAACCCUAAUGGCCGAUCUUUCACGAAAUGGAGGGGAUUUCCCGAAGAACAUGAUGAACACAAGAGAGGAAAACACUCAAAUCAACGAGAUCCAAUCACACAUGUGCUAAAUCCACAUACACAAAGGGGAGAUACAAGAUCCAAAGUCAACAAGGGAGGAUACAUGGUAGCUAGUUCAUCCCAAUCCGUGAGGUAAGAGGUCUUGAAUCCACUAGGGGGAUCUUCCCUCAAGAGGGGUCUUGAAUCCACUUAGGGGAUCUUCUCCUUUAGGAGGUCUCGGUCUCCAAAGGAGUAGGGAUAAGUGGAUGAGCAAGGCUCAAUCUCAAUGUUGAGCUAUCACAAUGCUAACCCUAAAACAUGGGCAGAGUUGGAGUAUAUAUAGUCUAGGGGUAGGUGGAGUUACAUGGGCUUCGGCCCAAGUCAUGCCCGCAGGCAAGGUCCGGAUGAUCCGGGUGACCGUCCGGAUCGUUCGGAUGUGUCGUGGAGGCAGCGGCUGGUCCGGUCGUCCAGGUCCUGGUCCAGAUGUCCGGCUCCAUCCGGAUGAUCCGGAGCUGGUCCGGACGAUCCGGCUUCGUCGAGGAGGCUGCAGUAGUCUUGGUGCGCGGUAGCCGGAUCGUCCGGGACUUGGUCAGGAUCAUCCGGGUAGCUGCUGACUUGCUCGUUUUCUUCUCCGUCUUCACGUUCCUCUUCUCCCUUCGUUCGGCCUUGCUCUUUAGCUUGUCCAUUGCUAGUUCCUUGGUACCUGAGUAUGCAAAGUGUCUCUGUUUGAGGUAGUAGCCAUGUCUCGUGUGUUUCGAAAGGGAAUUGCAAGAGGAGAGAUGUCACCUCGGUCUCGAGAGCUCUUGC